ACUGUGUAGGAGUGAUGGCGCACACUCGGCACCUCACUGCAGCAGCCGACGACGUCACGUAAACAAACCCACUACCAGGCAGACUGCCUCUUCCUCGCAUGGAUUAAAGUCAGGACAUGCUAGAACUCAGAACCAGGUGGUUCUCUUCGAUUUGUGACUCAGCGUGGCGCCAUCCACUGUGCAUCCAACGUGGCCCUCCCGGGAGCUUUAUGGUUCCAGAGAGGCGCCAACCUCUAUAACCCUAACGCGGCCUGCACCCCUGUGGCUUCAGCGAGGCCCCUCUACCUGUGGCACCUCCCCUGUGGCUCCAGCGUGGACCUUCUUCCUGUGACACCAUCGUGGCACCUCGUGUGACACAAGCGUGGCACCUCCUGUGACACCAGCGUGGCCCCUCCUGUGACACCAGUGUAUCAACCUCCCCGGUGGUUAAAGCGUUACCCCCACUCCUGUGACACCAGCGUGGCACCUCCCCUGUGGCUCCGGCGUGGCCCCUACCUCGUGGCACCAGCGUGGCGCCUCCUUCAAGACUUUGCCGACCCUCAUUAGCAGGCCACAGUGAAGGUCUUCGCGAGAGGAGUCAUGCCAAACGCCACCAACGAGGUCACCGAUGUACUUAUUAAAAGAGGAUUUAAGGACGGGUAACUCCUCCACUACAGAAGACCAACCAACUGUAAAUUAUUGUUUGUAAUGGUGAGGACAUCAAGCCAGCAGUCAAUUCAUUCGGGCGGCCAUUGUGGGUAUGGCGACGGGCAGCAGCACAGUGUUCGAGGGAGUGGUGACCAUGGCUGUGGAUGGCUCCUCCACCGCCGCCGCUGUCGUUGGAUCAACACUCAUACUGAUUGGAGUGAUGUUGACGGUGGUGUCGGCAGUAGGGUACAAGAGGUAUACUAAGUACCGCUCCCGUCAGGUGGGCGCCGUCAUGGCCAGGGCUAGACGAAUGGCCAGAGGUGAGGGCGCCUCACCCGCCUUUCUUGAUUUAGGUUCCGGGGGAGAGCUGUUGAGAGUGAUGGCUGCCUGUGACAACACAGUCACCAUCUGUGAUACUGUAGUGCCCUUGGAAGCGUAUUGUAAUGGGAAGAUUUGUGAAGUAAAUAUGGGAGAGAUUACAACAAACUCUGGGAGGUCUGGAAGUGUCGAUAACCUAGCUACAAGAAUCUCGAGGAAGAGUGCCAGUGUGGAUACUUUAGCCACGACGAACUCUAGAAAGAGUGGAAGUGUUGAUAACCUAGCAGACCUCCGGACUAUAGAUAUAUCUCCUGGUAUGAUUGUACUGCCUGUAUACUUAGUGGAAUCCAGUUGCACGGUGAAUGUUUAUAUGCCAGAUGAACACGAGGCUCCGCUCUGGCUCUACACUGACAUGUUGAUGUUGUUCUGGGUGGCUGUGUUCCUGGCAAGCAUUGGACACACCUUCCUCAACGCUGCUUUCAUCAUUCUUGGUGUAGCAUUCAACAGUCUGCCCAACGUUACCAUAGACAUUCUGUGCGGCGUCUUUGGCUGUAUUGGAGGAGUGUGCAUUGUGGCGGCGGGCGCAGUGGCUUGCCGCUGCUACAAGGUCUACCACAAGUACCUUCGUGAGAGUGCUCCCUCCCCCUUUGAGGAGACAACCUUAACGAAUGGUCCAGCUAUCUGGCAGCUACUAUAAAUUAUACUUAUUGUUACACAAUUAAAGUUUAUGUGAUUGGUUUUAUGGUUUAUUCAGGGCUUUCAAAAUAAUUCCUCUCAGGAGGUACUUAACAGUGAAAACGAAGUACUUCUCAAGGAAGGCACUGGGCUAACUACCCGGUACAGUACCAGCAACAAGCUUAGGAGAGUAAAUGUACUGGGUACCAGAUGAUUUUGAAAGCUCUGCUUAUUGUAUGAUCAACACUAGAGCCCACUGACCUCUGUACCCGAGAGAACUUGGAGACAAACGAAAUAUUUAAAAAUAAAUUGUUAGUUAUGAUUCUCCUGAACGCAGCAGAACUUGCCACUGCGGCCUUGUCAACGUCUUACAUGUGUAUCCAUCUGUACUGUAUAUACGUCAGUAAUGUGGCCUGAGACAUUGUGCUGCUUCCCCUAAACACCUGUCCAGGGUAAGAGGAAUGUUGAUACACAUGGCAGUCAGUUGCACAAAUCGUUCAAAUUACUCUUUCAGACUCCGUAGAUGAUUAACAUUGUCAUUGUGUUAGUGUGGAUCUCGUUACCAAAUUAUAAUUAAGUAAAACUAUUGACAACUUGUUUUAACGUGUUUUGAAGUUGGGUGUUAAUUGUUUAGAGUUUUGCCAUAUUUGUCGAUAACCAUUUCGUGUAUGUACAGAAGUUCUCUCGGGCUCAUUGCUCAGUUGUUGUAUCCCUCGGCAGUGUAUUAAAAAAAAACUACUUGCCAUAUAAAAAUAUUACGUGACCGAUAGUAAGUAGCGCUCUGAAGUUAACAUAUUAUCGUUUUGUGUUGGAAACUUAACUGUCUCAGUUAAGUUCUGAUCUUUGGGUGGCAUAUGACUUAACAAUUUAUUCUUAUAUUCUAUCUUAUGACUUUUAACAAUUUAUUUUUAUAUUCUACCUUAAGUCAGUCUACGUGCAUUUUUGUGUCUUCAUUUACGAGGAAAACUCAUCAUUCGAACCUUUGAGAAUCUGAUCCCGGUGGCUGAAAGCAUUUAAAAAAGAGCAGUUGCUGUGUCUUUUCUCUGAACAUAUCUUGCGGACAUUUUCUUUUUUAAAUUUAUUCAUUUUCUUUAAGGGCAAGAAAGCAUAUUAUACAACAUAUAGUACUGUCUUACAAUAAAAAAUUCGGAGCAUUACUUAUCCAUCGGUGACGUCCUCAAUAUGGCCUCCGCUGGUGUCAUGUUUGUUUCUCCAAGCUAAAUAAAAAUUUAUCGUGUUCCUUCACUGGUCUAGUAAGGGUUUGGAAUAAAAAACCGUUAUACAUGCGUUGACAGUUAUAGUAUUAUGUCGUAUGUAUGGCAGUAAUGUGUAUAUCAUAUAGUACAGCCACACCGCAUAUCAUGACAUCAGAGAAGUUUAAUCUUUUAGAAGUCUUCCCCCAGAGCUCAGGUGUAUCCCGCGGGCGUCCAGGCAGGAGUACGGCAGUCUGUGACGGUAUGUUGGCUAAUUCAGCCUGGCAACACCUGCACUGGUUGUCUUACUCCACACUACAGUUUAAUGUGACGGUGCUUGACAGUAUCGUAUUGUCAAGAGGGAAUACUGAAUAGAGUAGCUAGUACCUGGUGUCUCUUGUGGCAUUCCCCGCGUUUUUUUUAAUGAAUGAUAGAGAUUUAGUAAAUAAGAAUUACGAUGUAUUGUUUACAGUCUUUUGAUGUCAGUUAGGCAAUAAUAGAGUAUAAUAGGAUAGUGUACCCACUGUAUUGCGACAGUGAUCAUUUUGUUAGUGUAGAUAUUUGUUAAAAACUUGACUUAAUUUUCUCAUGUGGGACAUCAAAAUAUUUUCAAGUUAUUUGAAACACAUUACAGAAACACCUAAAAGAGGUAUUGCUGUCAAAAUGAAAGAUACUCCUACACACUCUACAAGUUCACCAAACAGUCAACAAGUUCAUCAAACACUACAAGUUCACCAAACACUACAAAUUCACCAAACACUACAAGUUCACCAAACACUUCAAGUUCACCAAACACUACAAGUUCACCAAACAGUCAACACGUUCACCAAACACUACAAGCACAGGUCUGACAUCACCACCACCACCACCCUGACAACACUAUGAACAUCCGCACAGGUCUAACACCAACUCUACCACCAAUUUGACAACACUCUUGACGUCAGCACAGGUUUAACAUCACCACCACCACACUGACAGCACUAUGGACAUCAGCACAGAUUUAACACCACUUUGACAAUAUUAUGGACGUCAGCACAGGUUUAACACCAAUUCUGUCACCACUUUGACAACAUUAUGGACGUCAGCACAGGUUUAACAUCACCACCACCUUGACAACACUAUGGACAUCAGCACGGGUCUAACACCAACUCUACCACCACCCUGACAACAUUGACUUCCGUAUUAUUAAACAUCAUCCCUUGAAGAGGGUUGUCAUGUUUCAACCCGAGUUUUAAACUAAAUGAGUCCUGAGGGACACGGCAGUACAGUACUUAACGGGGUGAUGUGGCAGUAAAAUUAACUAAUUCCAAUAAAAUAGGCUCGCGCGACGACAGCUUACGACGGAAAACAGAACUUUUGUGACAUGUUGGUAAUAUUUUUUUCGAAACUAUAUUGCCCCUGUAAAGUCUAAAUGGGGUCUUGGCACAACUGAUGUUACUGGUCAGUAUAAUCAGUGGGUCGGGAGAAACUUUAAUAGGUCAUGUGAGGUUAGAGAAGACCCAUAAUAAAACAACUACCAAAUAUUCGGAGAAAUUUUUUGGAAACAUACGAGGCUGACUUCCAUCAAGCAGCAAAUUGGUACAGUACACGAUAGGCUGAUACCUGAAGGUGGCUGGACAGUGUGCAUGUUUCGUUACCGCUGUGCUGACAAUGGGGGGGGGAGGGGUUCAGAAUAUAGAUUGGUUUUAAAUUUGGUGAAUAUUGAGAGAAAGCUGAAACAUGGUGAGGGUAUUAUUGAUAAGACUAAAAAAAGAUUAUUUGGUCCACAUAAUGGAAUUGGUUUCGAAAUACAACUAGAAAAGUAGUCUUGUAAAUGAUGUCCGAUUUCGGUUACCAUGGAAACGAGACUACGUUGCAACCCUUCAUUAAUGGCCUGAGACAGGAUGUCUUGUACUUGAGGUUUGGUGUACUGGUUAAUAAUUGUGGACAACAUUAUUCAAAGUUGUCGUGAUGGAAGGAAACAAGAGUUGCAGUAUUAUAGUAUUGAAAAAAACGGAGGGAGUGUAACUCAGAACUAUCCAAGUUGACAAGCGAAAGUUUUUGAACUGGAUCUUGUCUAAUGCUGAAAUACUGAAGGGGUUAAUGGAAUAUGGAUGUAGAGCAGCAGAUUUUCACAGCCCGCUUUUUACGGAAUAUUCACUUUUUUGUGAUUACAACUUCAUUCCAUCGGCGAAAAGUAACUUCUCGCCCAGUGCCUAACACUGACAGAUGUGAUCCUGCCUUGACAUCGUAUGGACACGUCACGUGCCUUGUGUCAACCAACAUCAUCACACAUGCAGUAAUUAGAAGCAUUCAUAUCUCUAGAAAGUUAAGUUUCAGAGUUCGUAAGUUUUACUUGUCAAUUUUUGCUGAGAUUUAGCCUGUUCUCGAGUCAGUAUACAGUAGUGCUCGAAACUUGCUAAACGAUUAAUCUGCCAUAGUUUUCUGAAGUGAUAGAUUUCUUCCUAUAAAGUUAUCCUUCUACAGCUUCACCCGUUGGAAAGAUUGUAUUCUCUCAGUAACUUUUUUGUAAAAGUCUUUUAUACCUAAUAGUGAGGAGUAAAUCUGUAAUUACGUAAUCAAAACAUUAACUGGUGCAUGCCCUCUUUUGAAAGUCUUAGACGAUCACGUAAGCAAAGGUGAGACUCACCUGUAGUCUUAAAAUUUAUGUCGGUAAGUUCCUGUGGCAGUGAAUACUGAUGUUCUAAUGGUUUAUAUGUUUUAUAUAUUCAUACAUCGCAUUUUCACAUUCGAGUAACAAUUCAAGUGCUUGUCCAAUAUUGUAUUGUCUUGGGAAGUGUUGCUACCGUGAGCUCUUGCACUGAGCCUUUCUACUCCUGUAUAACUCAUUUCAUUUAACUGAAAAUAUUAAGUCGUAUACGAAUGGGCUGUUUCUAUUGGGAAUAAGAAUUAAGUAAAAAGGUAAACAGAUUGUUAUUAAAUAAAGUCUUUUUUUUUCUUCAUAUGCCUUCUUUAAAUAUCAACAGACAUCUUCAUGUUGGCUAGGCUACACAAUCAUAUAAUUAUAGCAAAAUCCAUCUUUACUCUUCCCGAAAGUACAACUCCUGUGGUUCUUUGUUAUAAUACGAAUUUGUGAUUGUGAAGUAUCAUCAGACCAAUGUAGCUCGGCAGAUUUCCCAAACGUAAUCAAUAGAGAUUUCCCUCCUGGUUUCAAGUUAGGGAUGAGAGCCACGGAGGCUGGAGUCAGCGAAUUCAUUAUGUGUUAGACCAGCCAAGCGAUGAUUAAAUAUUUUUUUUAUUAUAAACCUAAAUACUAAGUUGCAUGGUAUUUGGUCAUGCUGUUUGAAAGAUAUCGUUAUACCAAAAACACCACGAACAAGCACUAACAAACAUACAGUCCCCACAUGUACGUUUAUGGAUAAGUGAUACACUUAGAUAACUUGGUGAUCGCACUAGUUCCUCUCCCUUUCAGUAAGAGGAAACCGAAAUUGCUCAUCAAAUCAUAGAACACUGCAUAAAAGACAUGGUAAGAAAAAUCAGUAGCCUAGCCUCUGUUGUAGGAGAUGUCAACCAUUGUGUUUUGUCGUCGUAAUUUAUAUACCGUACAAUAUUACCAAACGCAACAAUGUUCGUGAGUCUUUGUAAGUUUUAAUAGACUAAAGGUAUAGGAAAACACAUAAUAAAACUAAAGGUAAAUAU